GGCACCAGACACCUGGGCCGGGCGCGGCGGCACCGGUGGUGGUGGUGUUGGUCUCGGGAGCAGCGGGUCCCCGCACGAUGCAGCUCCGCGGGCGCCCCUCCACGCUCCUGCCCCUUUGUCUGCUCUGCCUCCAGGCUGCGCUGCCGCUCCGCGGCCACGGCGGCCGUUACGCCGGUGAUAAAGUCAUACGAGUUGUUCCUGAGAGCAAGAGGGAAACGCAGAUCCUGAGGGCUGCAUUUAACAGGCUUAAGGUGGACUUGUGGCAGCCCAGCAGCCCCUUCCACAUCGUUGAAGGUACUGUCACCGACGUGCGAAUACCACAGAACACAUCCCGAGAACUGCUGCCCUACCUCCAGCAAGCAAACAUCCAGUACACAAUUCUCAUAUCAGACUUACAAGAAGCAGUAGAAAACCAAACUGGACUGAGGUCACACAGGAAUCGAAGGUCCCUCUCUGAGUAUAAUUAUGAAGUGUAUCACUCCCUGGAAGAAAUCCAGGAUUGGAUGUAUCACCUGAAUAAAACUCAUUCAGAUCUUGUUCACAUGUUCUCUAUUGGAAAAUCCUAUGAAGGGAGACCACUGUUUGUACUCAAGUUAGGUAAAAGAUCACGGCCCUACAAGAAAGCUGUCUGGAUAGACUGUGGGAUUCAUGCAAGAGAGUGGAUUGGCCCUGCCUUUUGCCAGUGGUUUGUGAAAGAAGUUCUUCAGACAUACCAGACUGAUCCUGCCAUGAGAAAGAUGAUAACUCAGCUGUAUUUCUAUAUCAUGCCUGUAUUUAAUGUGGAUGGAUACCAUUUUAGCUGGACAAAUGAUCGAUUUUGGAGAAAAACAAGAUCAAAGAACACAAGGUUUCGGUGUCAUGGUGUUGAUGCUAAUCGCAACUGGAAAGUGAAAUGGUGUGAUGAAGGUGCUUCAUUUCACCCAUGCGAUGACACCUACUGUGGUCCCUUUCCUGAGUCUGAGCCUGAAGUAAAGGCUGUUGCUCAUUUUCUCCGCAAACAUCGGAAACAAAUAAAAGCCUAUUUGUCCUUCCACGCUUAUGCACAGAUGCUGCUGUACCCUUACUCUUACAAAUACGCAACUAUUCCGAACUUCAGCUGUGUGGAAUCAGCAGCCUAUAAUGCUGUUAAUGCUCUUCAGUCAGCCUAUGGUAUAAGAUACAGAUAUGGUCCUGCAUCUAGCACUUUGUAUGUGAGUUCAGGUAGCUCUAUGGACUGGGCCUACAAGAACGGCAUCCCCUACGCGUUUGCAUUUGAGCUGCGUGACACUGGCCAUUUUGGAUUCUUACUUCCUGAGACACUGAUCAAACCAACCUGCACAGAGACCAUGCUUGCAGUUAAAAAUAUUACUCUUCAUCUGCUGAAGAAAUGUCAUUGAGAGCUAUUUCCAGGAGCUGGGAGUGAGCAUUUUACUCCCAGUGCUGAUGCCUUCUAGUGUGUUCAGUUGCCAUUUUAAGCUUGACCACUUCAAAAUUACAGAAGCUAAUGGAAUGUACCAUGUUUCUACCAGAUCUACUUGGUGGGAAAUGGAAAAAUCAUUUAAUAUCUGCUCUACAAAAGUCCAUAAAGUUGAUAUACUAUCUUAGUUACAGUUCGGUGUAAAAUAGUCUGUUCUUUUUGCAAUACAGCUUUGAUGCUGCAACUUCAGUGGAGCAGGUCCACAUAGAGAUGCCUGAAACAAAACUCCAUUUCCAGACAGUCCCUGGACUUGGUCCUUUCCCUAACAGGAAGACUUCCCUUAGUAGGGUCUUUUGAACCAAGGGGUAAAGUUUACAUUCAUGUAUAUGUACUCUGUGACACAGGCCCAUGUCUAUAGCAGCAAAUGGCAUAUAGCUGCAGCUGGCCAUGCUGCAGGUGUCUAUGUGGCUUCCUUCUGCAUGUAUACAUACAUAUGCAUAUGCACAUUUGUGGUUUUUGUUUUGUUUUUUUUUAUGUAAUGCAAGAAUUAGACCCAAGGUUUCCUUUAACUGUUCAGAGAAACCUAUUUUCAAAUGUGUCCAUUGCGGUGGACUCAAAAUCAACAUACUGCUUUUGAAAACUUAACUGUUCUAGAGAUGUGUAAGAAUUAUAAGGCAACAUUAUGGAUAUACAGUACUCUGCUUUAUGGAGACAAAGCAACUUGCCAUGACUUGGAACUUGGAAGCUGGCAGUUGACUGGUACGUCUGGGUUUUGCUGCAAUCAGUGUCUGCCCAUUUCCACCAGCCAAGGAUCUAGCCUUAAACUGACUGGUAUUAACUGAUACCUUGUUUAUCAGUAUUUUUGCAGUGAGUUCUGUAGCUCUAUGGCUAUAUGGCAGUUCUUGGAAGUCAUAUUUUUUGCAUGUUUUAAAGGAAUUAAGAAUAGAUUCUUAAGUGAGCCAGAGGUGAAAGCAGAAGCAUUACAGAUGAAAUACAGUGAAUAAACACCAUGCUUGAAAGAAUAAUAACGAAAGCACAGAGAAUAUAACAACUUGUUGAGGGGCUUUUGGUACUUUCAAAAUACUAUUUUUUUUUAAUCUUAUUAUAUCUGCAAAAGCAUAUAUUUUAGUUUAUUAAUUUUGAGUUUAAUCUUAUGCCAUAACAUGUUAAAUAAAACACAUUUGUUAAUAAAAUCAUCCAAGUAUUCUUCAUAUUUCAUUUAAUUGUUAAAGUUUUGUUCAAGGAUGUGAUCAUUUUACAUGACUGACACCAAUGAUUCAAUCUUUUACAAAAACUACAUCCUCUCUAAAUAAGUACUUGAACUUAGCAAAUGGGCAACCUUUAUAAGACUAGGAAGCACCAUAUUUCAUAAUACCACUGUUUUCAGGACUGCAAAAGGCAAUCAGUGAGCAAACAUGGCAGAAUUGCAUUCUGUUGGUUUAUAUUCUGUUAAUAAAAAGUAUUUAUUUUAAACAAGCUUUCUGAAAGCUUUUUCAGCUUUGAUUAGUUCAGACUUGUUUUGAGGAAUGCAAGUUUCUACUCUGGUUUAACAAAAAUCUAAGGCAGAGAAGCAGGGGAUAUUUUAUCUACCCACUAGUCAUUUCUGAUGCUUAUGACCAUGAUCAUUGAAUAGUUUGAAGACAGCGGUAACUGUCUCUUGCUAUGCACAGAUUCUUGACCAAUGGCCUUAAUAGUGGUGUAAAUUAAAUUUUAGCACCAAUUGUUGUGAGUUAUUCUGGGUUUGGGUGACAUGACUGA